AUGUCUCGAUUUUUCCGCGGCGGAGACGACAGCUCCACCGACUCGUCGUCCGACGAGGAGGAGCUCUACUCCGAGGAGGAGGAGGAAGAGGAGCAGGAGGAGCAGGAGGAGGAUUCUGAGGAGGAGGAGGACUCCGACUCCGAUUCCGACGACAGCGAAGGUGGAAAGAAGGCCGGUGCCUCGCGUUUCCUUCGCGAUGCUUCUUCAGAGAGCGAAGAUUCCGAGGACGAGGAGCGGGUAAAGGUCAAGAGUGCCAAGGACAAGCGUACCGAGGAACUCGAGGCGACCAUCAAGCUCAUCGACAACGGCCGAAAGAUUGGUGACUGGGCUUCCAUCUCCACAGAGUUCGACAAGCUCAACCGCCAGGUCACAAAACUCCAGGAUGGCGGCAAGACCCCCAAGAUUUACAUCAAGACGAUUGCCGAGCUUGAGGACUACAUGAACGAGGCCGUUGCCAAGCAGAAGGUCUCUACCAAGAGGAUGAACGCGACCACUGCCCGUGGAUUGAACGCCGUCAAGCAGAAGAUCAAGAAGAUCGUCAAGGACUACCAGUCCCAGGUCGAGGCCUACCGCGCAAACAACGAUGGCUUCAUGGAGUCUGAGGAGGAGGAGGAGAAGCCCGCCCCCAAGGCCAAGAAGUCUGACCGCUACCGUGAGCCGGUCGAGGAGGCCGCCGAGGACGACGACGAGGGCUUCGCCACCGUCGGAAAGGGCGGCCGCACGCUGCAGUUCACCCCUGAGAGCAUCUUCAAGCACCUGCGCAGCAUCAUGGAGACUCGCGGAAAGAAGAACACCGACAAGCAGGAGCAGAUUAAGAUUAUGGAGAAGCUCAACGAGAUCGCCAACACCCCCUACCAGAAGAUCCGCGUUCUCCUGACGCUCGUCUCUACUCGCUUCGACCUUGGCUCCGGCGGUGCCUCUUACAUGCCCGUUGAGCACUGGAAGGCCGCCGAGAAGGAGCUGAACCAGCUUCUCGAGGUCCUUGAGAAGAACAAAGACUACGUCGUUGUCGAGAACGCCGAGGAGUGGGAUGAUGACGAGAAGCCCCUGCGUUGGAGAAGGACCAGAAGUACAUCAAGCAUUGUUUCCUACGUCGAGCGUUUGGAUGACGAGCUCACCCGCUCCCUCCAAAACAUCGACCCUCACACCUCCGAGUACAUCGACCGCCUUACCGACGAGGGCGCCCUCUACAACACCGUCUUCCGCGGCAUGCUGUACUACGAGUACCUCCGCAAGGACGCCGACCUCGAGAUCCCCCAGGAGAGCAUCAACCGUAUCGUGACUCGUCGCCUCGAGCACGUUUACUUUAAGCCCGCCCAGGUCGUCAAGAUCCUCGAGGACAACUGCUGGAAGAACGUCCCCUCUGACGUUGAGUCCAUCAUCACCCCCCGCGACCAGGCCCAGGAUGCCGGCAACCUCGUCAACGUCCUUUGCAACUACCUCUUCAGCAACGCCGAGGGCAUUCUCCGCGCUCGCGCCAUGCUUUGCCAGGUCUACUUCCUUGCCCUCCACGACGAGUACUACAGGGCUCGUGACAUGAUGCUCAUGUCUCACUUGCAAGAGAACAUCCCCAACUUUGACGUCCUCUCCCAGAUUCUCUACAACCGCACCCUCGUCCAGGUCGGUCUCUGCGCCUUCCGCCAGGGUCUCGUCUACGACGCCCAGAACACUCUGCAGGAGAUCUGCGGCAGUGGUCGCCAGAAGGAGCUCCUCGCCCAGGGUGUCAUGAUCCAGAGAUACAGCCAGGUCUCGCCCGAGCAGGAGAAGCUGGAGAAGCAGCGCCAGCUCCCCUUCCACAUGCACAUCAACCUCGAGCUCCUUGAGUGCGUCUACCUGACGUGCAGCAUGCUCCUGGAGAUCCCCCUGCUCGCCCAGACCGGCUCCUCCCCCGACGUCAAGAAGCGCGUCAUCAGCAAGACGUACCGUCGCAUGCUCGAGUACCACGAGCGCCAGAUCUUCACCGGCCCCCCGGAGAACACGAGAGACCACGUCAUGCAGGCGUCCAAGGCUUUGGCGGCCGGCGAGUGGAAGAAGUCGACCACCUUCAUCCACAGCAUCAAGAUCUGGGAUCUCAUGCCCAACACGGAGGACAUCAAGACGAUGCUCUCCAAGCAGAUCCAGGAGGAGGGUCUGCGGACGUACCUCUUCACCUACGCCCCCUUCUACGACACCCUGGCCGUGGAGACCCUCAGCAACAUGUUCGAGCUGGAUGCCAGCAAGGUCCUCGCCAUCGUCAGCAAGAUGAUCAGCCACGAGGAGCUCGCGGCGUCCCUCGACCAGGUCACAUCGACCGUCAUCUUCCGCAAGGGCGUCGAGCUCAGCCGUCUCCAGAGCCUUGCCCUCGCCCUGUCAGACAAGGCGAGCGCGCUCAUCGAGACCAACGAGCGGACACUGGAGCAGCGCACUCAGGGCUCGGCCAAUGCGUUUGAGAGACAGGGCGGCCGCGGCGGCCGCGGAGGUCGCGGCGGCGCGAGAGGCGGCAACCGGGGCGGCGCGAGGACGGGCGGUAACCCCCAACGGCAGGCCGGCGGUACCCAGUUCACGGGCGGCGCGUUGGGUGCCGCGGUUCGGGGUUAG